UGCCUCUAGGCCCCGGAAGUACCUUGCGGGCUGGCGCGGCUAUGGCACCUGGGGCCUGGUGGCUGGGGCCGGGGCUGCGGGUGGCGGGACUGAGGCUCAGCGCGGCGGGCGCGGGGCCGGCUCCGGCGCGCACGGUCAGGAGGAGCGUCCUUGGGGUCUCCCCGCACCCAGUGCUGUAAAACGUUCUAGGGCUGGCCUGGCCGGGCAGGUGUGGCAGCUCUGCCGCCGGAGCGCCUGCCACUGAAGCAGAAGACGAUUCUUUCCUCCAGUGGUUCCUGCUUCUCAUUCCUGUGACUGCCUUUGGCCUGGGGACAUGGCAGGUCCAGCGUAGGAAGUGGAAGCUGAGGCUGAUCGCGGAACUAGAGUCUAGAGUCACCGCCGAGCCCAUCCCUCUGCCGGGAGACCUGAUGGAACUGAAAAAACUGGAGUACAGGCCAGUGAAGGUCAGGGGGCAUUUUGACCACUCCAAGGAGCUAUACAUGAUGCCCCGGACCAUGGUGAACCCAGCCCGGGAGGCAGGCCGGCUCUCCUCCUCAGCAGAGAGCGGGGCCCAUGUCAUCACCCCCUUCCACUGCACUGACUUGGGAAUCACCAUCCUGGUAAAUAGAGGGUUUGUCCCCAGGAAGAAAAUGAAUCCUGAUACACGGCAGAAAGGCCAGAUUGAGGGAGAUGUGGAUCUAGUUGGGAUGGUGAGGCUGACAGAAACCAGGAAGCCCUUUGUUCCUGAGAACAAUCCAGAGAAGAACCACUGGCAUUACCGGGAUCUGGAGGCCAUGGCCAGGCUCACGGGAACAGACCCCAUUUUCAUCGAUGCAGACUUCAGGAGCACAGUCCCCGGAGGACCCAUUGGAGGGCAAACCAGAGUCACUUUGAGGAAUGAGCAUGCGCAGUACAUUGUCACCUGGUAUGGACUCUGUGCAGCCACAUCGUACCUGUGGUUUAAGAAAUUCCUACGUCGGACUCCGAGCCUAUGAUGAGAUCGGCUGACAGCCCCAUCCCUAAAUAAUGAGAAGUGAGUGAAGAACAUUUUAAGAUCAUGUUAUCACUGGUGUAAAUAAAACUCUAUACUACCCA